AUGAGUCUGCAGAUUUACACAACCUAUGAUUUUGCUUGCUUACUUCAAGAAGAGUGGACAUUUCUGCUUCAAUCGCGCUGGACCAAAGUGAAAGGUCUUUACAUCGCUUCCCGAUUUGUGCCUUUUCUCCUCUUAAUCGGGCAUCUGUAUACAAACUUCAUCCCGAGUGAUAACCCCGGUAAAUGCAAGAUCUUGAUUACCAUUUGCUCAGUUUUCAGCCAGAUAGCAGCCGUUUGCUCCGAAUGCUUUUUUGUCCUCCGAACAUAUGCACUCUGGAGACACAAUCGAUUCGUGCUCGCUGGACUACUGGCUUUUUUCUUUAGCUGGCGGAUGGCCAACGGCCGUCUUUACGCCAUCCUGGUGAAGAGUAAUAUUGCCUACUAUACAUGCGGUCUGUUUUUAUCGGCGGUAAACGUCCUUGCGUCACGGAGUCUCCAUUGCAUCGUCUGCGCGAUACUUGCCUUGCGCAUGCACCUGCAUAUCUGGCAAAUCGACCAGCAGGCACACAACAUAGACGCUCUCGUUUGCAGCACGUGGAGGCGAUUAGCGAGACUUUCAAUGAAUCAAUAG